AUGAGCACCGUCAACCCCUUCAGCAUCGCCGUCCCCGACCUCAAACUCCACCAGCUCCACCAGAAGCUCGAGCAGACGACCUUCCCAGAUGAGCUUGAUGCAGCUGACUGGGAUAUGGGUGUGCCCCUGAGUGAGAUCCAGCGACUUGUCACCGUGUGGCGGGAGAAGUUUGACUGGCGUGCGCAAGAGAAGAAGCUCAACCAGCAACUCCAACAAGUCAGUGUUCGGGUGCCAGUUGCUGGAUUCGAGGAUUUGGAUCUACAUGUUGUCCAUCAUCGCAGUGGGAAUCCGCGUGCUAUACCAUUGCUGUUUAUCCAUGGGUGGCCGGGUAGCUUCCUCGAAGCCACCAAGCUGAUUCCACUGCUCACCCAAGAGAACGGCAAAGGCCCCGUCUUUGAUGUUGUGGUGCCCUCGCUGCCCAAUUUCGGGUUUUCACAGGGUGUCAAGAAGCGAGGAUUUGGACUGGCGCAGUACGCAGAAGCCCUUCACAACGUGAUGAUUACCCUCGGCAUGUCACAACUCUACCCGGAACACACCCAAGCCAUCCACCUAAACUUCAUCCCCGUCAUUCCACCCUAUCCAUGGCGGAACCCACUCCGCUUCCUGCAGUCCUUGCUAACGGUGCCCUUCUCAGCCAAAGACCGCGGGUACAUCGCCCGCUCCUUGCACUACCUUACUCGCGGCAAUGCGUAUAUGAAGCAGCAGGAGACGCGGCCCCAGACCUUGGGGUACGGGCUACACGAUAGCCCCGUUGCGCUGCUGGCCUGGAUCUAUGAUAAGCUUCAUUCCUGGACAGACAAGUAUCCGUGGACCGACGAGGAGAUCUUGACCUGGGUGAGUGUUUAUUGGUUCUCGACUGCGGGCCCGAUGGCUUCGACGAGGAUCUAUUACGAGGCUUCAGCGCCGAAAGAUGAGGGGUCUGGAACUACGGGAGACCAGGGAACACAGACGAACUACAUUUCCCUUGUCCAAGUGCUAGGAGCCUGCGCACCGCAGAAUGUGCGGUUUGCGGUGGCGCAAUUCCGGGAAGAGCUGGUCAUGUGGCCCCUGGCAUGGUAUCGGGCUAUUGGGAAUGUGGUGAGAGAGACCGAGUUCGACUGUGGUGGUCACUUUGCUGCCUGGGAGGUACCGGAGAUGUUGGCGGCAGACGUCAAGAAAUUCCUGGGGAAGAAUGGCCCAGCUUAUGGGGCGGUGGCUGGCAAGGAAGGCUAUUAA